AUGGAAACUGAAUCUUCUAAGAGUGCGCAUAAGAAAGAAGAACCCAAAGAACUUGAACUUGAUAUAUAUGUUGACCCACAUAAUGGAUAUCCUAUUACGCAAAUUGAUUGUUCACCUAAGAUGAAGUACGUUGCUACAUUAAGUGAAUUUGAUAAAUCCAUGGUUUUGUGGUCUAUUGGUUCAGAAAGACAGAGUUUGCAAUAUGAAAACACGAUUUCAAAUAUAAAUAUUGACAUCGGACUGGAAACUUCAACAACAUUUACAGUUUCAGAUGAUGGGUUUGUUGCAACGAAACUUCGUAGAUUAAAUCCUCGUAACUUUGUGAUGAUCAGCACUAACGAACGCAAAGCAUACAUUCUUUAUCCAAACGAAAACGUCGAAUGGAUAUUCAAAUCAAUGAUUGAACUGAAAAAUAUUAGUACUUCAGAUAAAAUAUACAUAUCUCCCAAAGGAAAAUUAAUCUUUUUUAAAAAACAGACUCACAAGAUUAUGAUAUGGAAUUUAAAAGGUUUGUCGACUGAAGCACAAAUUUUGUUGGAUUGGAAUUUUAAUUUCGAGUGCGUUGGGUUAAGUGACGAUGAAGAACUAAUAGGAAUAUCUGCAAGCAGUUCCAAAUUAACGUAUCUAUACAUUUUUUCAUCAACAACCGGGAUGAAUAUAUCAAAACAUACUUAUAAAAAAUCAGUAAUGAUUGAUGGAAUCCAUUUUAUUGCUCCUGAUUUUGGUGAACGUAUACUUAUAACAUCACAUAUACAUGAUGGCUUAGAAAGGAUUAAAAUGGACCUUAAUGUUCAUAAAUUUCAUGAUAAAGAAUUAACUUUCGAUUAUGAUUUAAUGGAUCCCUACAAUUUAAUGAAUCCUGUCAGUGCUAAUAAACUCUUUAAGCGCUUAAAGGCCAAAGUUAAAACUCCAUACAUAAUUAAAUCAGACAGCAUUAUUUAUGCAAAUGAGGGACAAUUAUUUAUAGAAAAUUUGGUAAUUAAAGAUAACUGGAUUGAUUAUUUGAGAAAUGAUUUGAAUGAUUAUAACAAAAUUUCUACACCUCCAGGUAAAAGAGACAUUAUUGAUUUUAUAAGAAACAUUGACCGUAAAAAACAUAUUCAAGGAGAAGAGACAUAUAAAGGGUAUUUAACAAAAUGGACCUUAAGUUGUAAAGAUGUUACGUUUACUCUUGGAGUAUCUCAAGAAAAAUCUAAAGUAUCUGGAGAAAAUAAGCGGGAAUCAGUACAUAAAAAAAAGCAGCAAAAAGCAAAUAUGUAUGUAAGAGGGUGUAAAGUUCUUAAAAAUGAUGAUCUUGUCAUGGUUACAGAAAAGUAUGUAAUUCUCUGGACAUCUAACCCACUUAAGGGUAUAAGUGUGCAUUAUAUUUGGGGUGUCGGUAAAGACGUUGGUAAAGAAAUUAAUAAAGAUGUUAAAUAUUGGAGAGAGAUAUUUAAUGAUUCUUUGCCAGAAAGGUUUCUUCCGCAAUCUGAUUUCGAUGAAAUUAUCAAAGAGGCUACUAAUAUUAAAUCGGAUAAAGAUACUACCAAUUUAUUUGAUUUGUUAUUAGAAUAUUAUAUUGAAGAAAAUUUUUUUUUAGCACGUUAUGGUAAAAUACUUAUGGAGAAUUUUUUAAUUUUAAAUAGGGACUGGUGGGUUGAAAAAUUAUUCGAGAAUUGUGUUAAAAACUGUUUGUAUGAUAAAGAUAGUUACGAUAAAGAUAGCUGUGAUUUACAAUCAAAUGUUCAGUCAUUAAGUAUUAUAGCACAAUUUUAUUCAGAAUUAAUUCAAAAGAAUCCUGCAAUCAUGUAUAAAUUUUUAUCGCAGAUGACAUUUGUGGUUCCUUCCGUUGAGAAUUAUAAUGCAUACUAUAAUUCUUUAUCACCAUCACCUCAUCUUCAUUAUUAUAGUUCAUAUUAUUACAUACAUGAAAUCUUUUACGAAGUACAUAUACAUAAACUUCGUGAUUUAAUUAAAGAUAUUCAAAAUGGUAAUUGGACAACUUUAGCGAAACCAUAUAUUCCUCCUUCAUUUUCAGAAUUUAUUUAUAUAGAAGAUAAAUCUGAAAUCAGUCCAAUUGAAAAAAGGUUAGAAGAUUUAACAAACAAUGAAAUUAGACCGAUUAAAAAAAGGGUGGAAGAUUUAACUAGCGAUAACUCUGAAAUUAGUCAAAUCAAAAAAAGGGUGGAAGAUAAUAACUCUGAAAUUAGUCAAAUUAAAAAAGAGUUAAAAGAUUUAUCUAACUUAUUUGGAGAUUUCAAACAUGAGGUUAUAUCAAAAUUAAACGAAUUAAAGCCAAGUUAG